AUGACUAUUCAAUUACCACGCGGGAAUUAUACAACUAUUACAAUUAUAUACAACAAUGAUCAGAAGCAAACUGUGAAUAACCAAGCUACAGCUGCGCAUGCUGUCACAAUUGCACAUGCUGGCACGAGUGGUAUUGUUGUUGGAAGUAACGGGGAACAUCAAUCGUUGUCAAUUGUGGAAACCAAUAUAGUCACAAAAUCUAUCAGAGAUGCUCUUGAUUUGUAUAAAUUACAGGAUAUCCCUGUGAUAACAAAUGUAGCAUCACAAUCAACCUACGAAUCAAUUGAGAGGGCACAUAGAGCUAAACUCAGUGGGGCAAAUUUUAUUCUACUACCAUCACUCGCACCGAACUUAUCAAGGGACGACAAUAUGUCUUUUUUUGAAGACGUAGCAGAGGAGUCACCUAUUCCAGUUAUUAUAUAUUCUCACCCUCAAUCAUCUGCAGGUUUCCACCUGACUAGCGAUGAAGUCAUUCGAUUAGCACAACAUCCUAACAUUGUUGGAUUGAAAGCAACUGAUAAUGAUGUGGGGAAAAUGACAAGAUUAACUCACCUUUCGAAAACGAACAAUUUUCACGUAUUUUGUGGUUCAUCUGAUUAUCUGAUUGCUGCUUUGAGUAUAGGUGUUCAUGGGUCUAUUACAGCAGCAGCUAACUUUGCACCUGAUUUGUUAUUUAAUGUUUGGGAUUCUUACAACAAAGGUAAAGCAGGCGAGGCGUUGGACUUGCAACGUAAAUUAUCAGUUGUAGAAGCACGCUGUAAGGUUGGAGGUGUAGCUGGCAUCAAGUAUGCGACGAGUUUGAUCUAUAAUACCAACCCUAAACCUCGUAAACCUCUUCGUGAAUUAAGCGAAGACAUUAAAGAAAUUGUAAGAUCUGGUAUUUGGUUACUCAAAGGCGCAGCCUGA